UUGAGCAAUCCAUGGAAGGACAGAGCCAGAGAACCUACUUCAGGAUAGCAAAAGAUGGAGAACAGAGAAAGUCAGGAGAGCGCUCCUAGGGGAGCCUCCACAGACACAGAUGACAGGAAAUGACCCACCCCUGUGGUCACUUACUCCAAAGGCACAGACCUUCAAAGUGCUCGUCGUGGAAUGGAUAAGUCUGCUGAGACCCAGCCACCGCGCCCUUCGUUUUGCCCUGAGAAAGGAGAAGAAAUGAAAGUAGGGGGUGUUUCCAUCACUCCGCAGAAGGAGUGCGCCUGGGUUGGGAUCUGCAGGGAUGGAAGGCUGCUGACUGCAACUCUCCUGCUGGCCCUGUUGUCCAGCAGCCUCACGGUGAUGUCCUUGUACCGGUUUGCUGCCCUGCAAGCCGACCUGAUGAGCCUGCGCGCGGAACUGCAGCGCUACCGGGCUGCAGCAGCACCGGCCGCCCCAGGGGCUCCAGGGGCCCCCGCAGGAGCCAAACUCCUGGCACCAGCAGCUGCGCGAGCCCACAACUCCAGCUUCGGCCACAGGAACAGACGCGCUUUCGAGAGUCCGGAGGAAACAGUCACUCAAGACUGUCUGCAGCUGAUUGCAGACAGUGCCACGCCGACCAUACGAAAAGGGUCUUACACAUUUGUUCCAUGGCUUCUCAGCUUUAAAAGAGGAAGCGCCCUGGAGGAGAGAGAGAACAAGAUCGUGGUGAAGCAAACGGGUUACUUCUUCAUCUACAGUCAGGUUCUAUACACAGAUACCAUCUUUGCCAUGGGACACCUCAUCCAGAGGAAAAAAGUGCACGUCUUUGGGGAUGAGCUGAGCCUGGUGACCCUGUUCCGAUGUAUUCAGAAUAUGCCAAGAACACUACCCAACAAUUCCUGCUACUCAGCUGGCAUAGCCAGACUGGAAGAAGGGGACGAGAUUCAGCUCGCGAUACCUCGAGAGAAUGCGCAGAUCUCCAGAGACGGAGAUGGCACCUUCUUUGGGGCCCUAAAACUGCUGUGACCCCCACUUCCUGGACUGCGACCCCUUCCCUCCUUUCUCCUGGACCUCCACAAGAAAAAUGAACAGCUGGAAAUAUCAAAAGACGGGGAAGUCAGCUCCCAAACUUUCCUUGGGAGCCGUUUAGUUUGGUUCACUGAAUCGGGUCCAAAACAGGAGAUUUAACGGACAACCACGAUUAAAACCUAUCAUGUGGGUUAUGCAGCCCGUAGUCCCGUAGUUGUAAAGACAGUCUGUGUCAACACGGCCAAUGCCCUUGCUUCUCAUCUUGGGAAACACACAGUUCAGAAAACAGGAAGAUUUCCUCAGAAGAGGACUUUCGGACUUCGCAGUGAGAAGAGGGUUCGUUUAUAUCUGUAGUCACUGAAGCAUUCCUGCAAAGUCUCAGGAUUUAUCUUUCUUUUCACAUCAAAUAGACUCUUCUUUUUUCCAAUUAAUACUAAGGAAAUUUUUGCUUGUUUGUUUUUUAAAUCUAGGUGUCUUGAACUAGUCAUAGACAAAAAUACUUAGAGGUUCAACUUUGAUCAUUUUAAAAUAAACUUAAUUUAAAAUGUUUAAGCAUCAAAUAAUUGGAUAGAAAAGAGCUGACUAUUGAAGUUUUCCUGGUUUAGGUCAAGUGUGCUAUUGUUUCUAAAACCUUAUCAAAGUCUUUUUCACGGGAGGAAGGCAUCCCCUCAUUUUGGAUCACAUGUGUAUUUUGUAAUAACUCUCAGUUGCUUUGUAAAACGUUAUUGCAGACACCAUCUGAUGAGCACACAGAACCCAUAAUGCAAAACUGUGGUCACUCUCACCAAACCCCACGUUGAGGACGCCUAAUGUGAAACUGUGGUCACGCCCACCAAACCCCACGUCGAGGCCGCAUCUGUAGCAGAGGAAUGAAUGCAUUGUGCCCGUGUCCAGUCCCAUUGCCUGCUGCUGCUGCUGCUGCAGUUCUUGCGAUACAGCCCCGCAGGAAGAUCUGCCUUAUUUGCUCUGUAACAGUUGAGAUUUAAGCAGAGUUCAUAGCAUCUGGCUUCAUACAAGGCACAUACAUGCUCCCAUGAUAACUGUGCCUCAGGGGGGUUCCUCACAGAGAACUGCACUUCACAGAGCUGCAAUGCAUCUCUCGUGGCAUCUGCUUCCUGUGUGUUAGGCCUUGUGUGUCAUUAGCUGCUCCCACUGGAUGCUUCGCUUCACUAAAGAGGAAAUGGAAGAAGAGACAUCUAUUUCCCCAUCGACCUUAAAAUAGUGUAAAGAUGACCUUGCCACAACACAGGAAACAAUUCGAAUCUGCAUCACAAAUCUAAUGUUGCUUAACUCUCCGUUUUCUGUAUCUUUUGUUUUGGGGUUUCAAGUGAGAUGAACUUGGAAGUUUAUUUUGUUUUAUAAAACAGUAAUUAGAAAGCAGAAGUGGUCGGUAGAGAAGGGCAUUGACUCAGAGGA